GAGGAAAUAGCUAAAGACCUCUUGUCAGGUGAUGAUGAAGAAACACAGUCCUCUGCUGAUGACUUGACACCAUCGGUUACUUCACAUGAGGCUACUGACUUCUUUCCUCGGCCAUUAAGAUCAAACACUACAUGUGAUGGAGACAAAGAAUCAGAUGGUGAAGAUGUAGAGGCAGACAACGGUAAUUCGUCUGAAGAUCUGAGAAAGGAAAUAAUGGUGGGUUCACAGUACCAGGCUGAAAUUCCACCUUACCUUGGCAAAUACAGUGAUGAUGAAAAGGUCUACGAAAAUGAAGACCAUUUACUUUGGAAACCUGAUGUGAUCUCAGAAAGUAAAGUUAAAGAAUACCUUUUUGAAACCUUCUUAAGAACAGGAAAUGAAAAAAUGAUUGGCAGAAUUCCUGAAGGACUACAAACACGGGACAAUGAACAAGCACUGUAUGAACUUCUCGAGAGUAGCCAUAACAUUAAAGAAGCAAUUGAGAGAUACUGCUCAAAUGGAAAGGCAUCUCAGG